GUGGCCGCUGGUGCGGCGCGGCGGUGGUGGCGGGAGGUCCUCGGUCGCCAGCCCGCACUGCCAGCGGGCUCCUCGCUAGUCCCGCGGCACGCGCUCCCGUGUCACGGCCACUGGACUGGAAGAAACGAGUCUGCGAAGUGAUUUAGAGCUGCGUGCUGAUGGAGGCGGUGUACCCGGCGUCGGCGUCGGCGCUGGCGCGCGGGCGGCGCCUGCGCAGGCCGCACCCGCGCGCGCGCACGCGCACCGUGCCCGUCACCUUCGCCGAGAUCAAGGAGGUGGACGAGGAGAACGAGGAGGCUUGCCCGGAGGCGGCGGCGGCGGCGGCGGCGGAGGAGCGGCGGCGGCGGCCCGACGUGCUGGACGAGCGCCUGGCGCGCCAGUUCGCCGAGUUCCGGCGCCGCCGCCCGCGCGCCGCCGCGCUGCGCGAGCGCGAGCCCGACGACGCGCCCGCGCCCGCGCCCGCCUCCGCCUCCGCGCCUGACGUGUCCCGCGCCGCACCCGCCACCUGAGAGCGGAGCGCGAGCUUGUUCCCAUGGACAAUUGUUGCUUGUACUCGAAGACGUCACACGCCCGAUAUUGAUGGGAGGAAACUCCUUAUUCAAUUUGCAAACUGCAUAGAAAUUAGAUAAAAGGUCUGCAAACGUGUUCUGCCGUCCAAGACAAGACUUAAAUUUAUAUUACCUAAAAUCUCCUGGAUGACGUGUGUGUCGCUAUCUUGUAGGUCACUAUCCAAAGUUUGUUUGCUAAUAGGGUAAGCCAGGCAAUAAUCACAGACUGAACUAAAAUUAAUUCAAGAUGAUACCUAGUUACCUACUCGCCUUUUGCUAGGUGUAAAGCUGCUUGGAGUGUACAGCUGAACACCAAAGACGGCACCUUAUUGGGAUUACAAACAUAAUAUACUAUGUAUGUAGGUAUUUACUUACUUAAAAAAUUAUGUGGAAUGUUAAUAAUAUUGGUGCAUCUAAAUUCUUUUAUCGCCUGUUAUUUAAAAAGUUGCUUUGCCUAGAUAGGCUACAAAACACAGGGACUGACGAAUUGUAUUUUUUUUUAGUUUUAAGUGUAAAUGUAGAUUUAAUUAAUCUUGUAAUCGUGUAGGAAACAAUAACGUAGAGCGUUUGUUAACUGAUUUAUUUUACAUUUAAUGUGUUCCACGUGAAACUACUUGAAGUUGUAAUGGUAUUUGCGAUUUGUUGUUGAAAUUAAAUAAGCGAUUUCUUAAAAAUCUUAAUGAUAUCUACAAAGACUAACUAGAUACUCAUUGAAAGAGCCAAUACUCACUGUCAGCGAGGAAAUAUAAGUGAAGACUAGGCUUAAUAAAAUCUUAGAGGAUUUCAGUAAAACGUCCAUCGUGUUCGACGACUUCAUUUAUUUAUUAAUGGCUUGUACAAUAAUUUAAAUAACACUCUCAAUCACUCGUCCUCGGACACAUCAAUAAAUAGACAUGGCUAUGUACAACUAACUCUUAACAUACUUACGGCUAACUAUAAAAUAGUUAUAACAAACAAUAUAUCUGACGUUUAACAAUAUAUUCUAUACAUAUUGUAUACGGGGCGGGGCGUCGCACUACGUGUAACAGUUGUAUACUACGAAGAUCAAUACAAUACAUCAGACGGCAGUUUCCAAGCUUAUAAUAUAGGUAUUAUUCAUAAUGUACCUACUAAUACUAAUACUGCAAGUAUAAUAUACUCGUACCUACCUACAGGUAAAAAAUAUUUGUAAAUGCUUUAUUCCUAUUUAUUAUUACGAGGCAUUAAGACUCCGUAAAAAAUACUCUUGAGAACAUGAUCAAUAAACUCUUUGUA